UUGGAAUGAGGGAGUGAAUGUUCCGGGUCAGAAACUGGACAAGAGAGGAAAUUAACUCUGGGACGAGAAGAGGAAAAAGGAUAAUGCUGCUUUCCUGUACACUGAGAUGUUGCCUGUGCUUUUUACGCUAAAAAGGGGUUAAGUCGCGGGGAUGGACGUCGUGCAAGAAGGGCCCGAGUUUUGAAAAACAGGUGCCUACAAUCUAACCAAAGUGACACACGACGGAGACUGUUCCCAUGUUCGCCGCGAAGCGAACGACGCUGGUCCAGUUCUUUGCGCUCGGAGUUUCGUGUUUGUGAGUUUUGCCUGAGCGCACGUUUCGUGGAGGGCUGUACCGCCGUGGCAACUGUUGCAUCCUCUUUCUCCCGCUGUUUGUUUAUCGCAGUGCUACGAGCUUUAUAGCCGCCCACCCCCGUUAUGUUUCAGUGUAUACCCCUGUGGCGGUGCAACCGUCAUGUGGAGGUGAUCGAUAAACGCCACUGCUCCCUGCUCUAUGUGCCCGAUGAGAUUUAUCGCUAUGGACGGAGUUUGGAGGAGCUCUUGCUGGAUGCCAACCAACUCCGAGACUUGCCUAAGCCUUUCUUCCAGUUAAUCAAACUUCGAAAACUUGGUCUGAGUGACAAUGAGAUCCAGAGGCUUCCCCCAGAAAUCGCCAACUUCAUGCAGCUGGUUGAACUGGACGUUUCUAGAAAUGAUAUUAUGGAAUUACCAGAGAGCAUUGCACAUUGUAAAGCUCUACAAGUAGCAGAUUUCAGUGGGAACCCAUUAACAAGAUUACCCGAAAGCUUUCCAGAGCUCAGGAAUCUCACAUGCCUUUCCAUCAAUGAUAUUUCACUGCAAAUCCUGCCAGAAAACAUUGGAAACCUUUCCAACCUGGUAUCACUAGAACUGAGAGAAAAUCUGCUGACAUUCCUCCCAGAGUCUCUAUCUCAACUUCAUAGACUUGAAGAACUUGAUUUAGGCAAUAACGAAUUGUACAGUUUGCCGGACACAAUAGGCUGUCUUGUGAGCCUAAAAGACCUGUGGCUUGAUGGAAACCAGUUAACAGAAAUACCUUCUCAAAUGGGCAGUAUGAAGAGUCUGUUGUGUCUUGAUGUAUCGGAAAACAAACUAGAGCGCCUCCCAGAGGAGCUCGGAGGAUUACAGUCCCUCUGUGAUCUACUGGUGUCUCAGAACCUCAUUGAAGCUUUACCGGAAAGCCUGGGAAAGUUAUACAAGCUUUCAAUUUUAAAAGCAGAUCAGAAUCGGCUAACGUAUCUUCCAGAGAGUAUUGGUAACUGUGAAGCCCUAACAGAACUUGUCCUUACAGAAAAUCAGAUACAGAGUUUGCCUAGAAGUAUUGGAAAAUUAAAACGUCUUUCUAACUUCAACUGUGACCGAAACCAGCUCACAACGUUGCCUAAAGAGAUUGGGGGAUGCAGUGCCCUGAAUGUCUUUUGUGUGAGAGAAAACAGACUCACGAGGAUACCGUCCGAACUGUCCCAAGCCACAGAGCUGCAUGUACUCGAUGUGUCUGGAAAUAGGCUGGCUCAUUUACCGCUGUCGCUGAUCACACUGCAGCUAAAGGCUCUGUGGUUGUCCGAGAACCAGUCCCAACCUCUGCUCACGUUUCAGACCGACCAGGACCCAGAGAGCGGAGAGAAAGUGCUCACCUGUGUGCUCCUGCCCCAACAGCCCCUGGACUCUGAUCAUAAAGGGUCUGAUAACUUGGCGCGCUGUGGAGCCCUGGAGAGUCUGGUGAAUGACAUGGCCGAUGACACGUGGGACACGAAGGCCGCAAACCGAACAAGUGCCAUCCACUUCCUGGACGAUGAUGAGGAUGAAGAUGAUGAAAAGGGAACACUGCUCCGCCGGGCCACGCCUCACCCUGGAGAGCUCAAAACCAUGAAAAAGGCUGUGGAGAACCUGCGCAAUGACCUGAACGCUGCCAAAAGUCUGGACUCCAACAAAAACGAGGUCAAUAACGCUGCAGUGGACAGAGUAACUACAACUACGUCUGUGUGAACGUUACCUCAGAGACCUCCUGUGUCCUCAUGCACCAGCCACUACAAAACCCUCUCCCAACCCACCUGCCCCUCCUGCUCCACCAGCCCCUUCCCAUGUGCCCUCUGACCCCUGGUGUGGCCUGUACCUCCCUGAUCAACCCUGAGCGCCUGUAAGUCCUCCCCAGGCUUCUGUCCUGUCUUUGACUCAGCCGUGCCUAUUUAAAUCAUGUCCACAGCAACAGUCUGCACAAAGAUUUAAAAAAAUAUAUUUUUAAAUAUUUUACUUUUAAAAUGCCUCUUUUAUUACAUUUAAUUAGGUAGUUGCACUUUUAUGUAUCUUUUUAAUAUGGUCAAACUUUCUUAAAUGUUUUAUAUCUGUUUUUAAACACUGGGUGAAUACAUUUGGGGCAAAUAUUAAGGCAGGAGUUUAUUGAACCUACUGAUUAUUGUAUAGUCUUUGUGAAUAUCAAAACUUUUAUACUUUUUGGCAGCUCAGAUGUAAAUAAAAUGUAUAGCAAAUUUCUUAAUCAUUUUAAGUUUUUUUUUUAGCUUGGUACUUGUCUCUUCAAAUCAAAGUAAGGAACAAAAAGUUAUUGAAUGCAUUUGCAGUUGAUUAUUAUUUGCCUUGAACACCUUUUAUUGACAUGAACUUUCAUAUUAAAUACAUUUGGAAAUUGGACUUAAGUGCUGCACACUAAUGACAUUGAAAUGUCUGCUUUACAGAGGGUUUCUCAGAAAAUGCCAAAAACAUUUCUUCUCCUUUGAUACUGUACUGUAUAGAUGAGAAAUGCAAGUUUGGGGGAGUGGUAGGAGACUCACACCUGCAACUGUGGCAUCCUUUUCAAAUGCCAUUUUUAGAAGUUUCACUUUAAAGCACUUCCCAGUGUUUUGCAAACCUUAUUCUUUUAUAUGGUACAUCCAUUGUAAUUUUGUUUUAAAUCCGAUGCAAAGUGACUUUACUCUUUGUUUCAAAUGUUGGCUUUGAAUGAUUUUAAUUAUUGUCUGAUCAAACUGCACAAAACGGAUCUCCAAAAGGCCGGAGGCUGGAAUGACUUUUAACCACUGAUUAAUAAAAUA